AACCAGCGCAGCAAUGGAGUCGACACCGAUACAGAUCACCGAGUAUGACAAUGCGGACAAUGUCAGCAAUGUCUACGUGCAGAGCUCCGCUGGCGGAGACGCCAAAGGGAUGAGCAGAGUGGAUGUUAUUCCUCCCAAGAAAGGCGAUGAGAGGUCCUAUCUCCAGCAGGGAAUGGACGUCUUUCUCCCAGCCGGCUUCCCGCACAGCGUCACAGAAGAUUAUACAGAAUACCAGAUAUAUGACUCCCUCCAAGCCUUCUCCUCCAGUAUAGCAGCCAUGCUGUCCUCCAGAGCCGUGCUUUCCAGCAUCGGCGUCGGCGACACCAAGGCUUCUCCAACCGCUGCUCUCCUGCUUUCUGUUCUUCAAGAAUCCGUCGGGCGGCUCGCAACUAUCCUCUUCGCUCACCGCUUCGGCACAUCCCUUGAACCGGAGUGCAAGAUGUACCGCUUGAUGGCGGAUGUGCUGAAUGACAGUGCUUUCAUUCUGGACGUUUUAUCUCCCAUCUUCCCCAAGCCGAUCCGAAUCGUCAUCCUCAGCUUCAGCAGUAUCCUACGCUCACUCUGCGGCGUCGCAGCAGGGAGCUCCAAAGCCAGUCUUUCCGCCCAUUUCGCACGGUGGGGCAACCUAGGAGAGCUGAACGCCAAGGACUCAUCUCAGGAGACGGUCAUCUCGCUCAUGGGCAUGCUGGCGGGAAGUCUUGUCAUCUCCUGGAUCACGACGCCGCUUGCCACAUGGACCGCUUUGAUUGGGCUGCUGUCCAUUCACUUGGAGACGAAUCGGAGAGCUGUACGUGCGGUAAAGAUGCGGACAUUGAAUCGACAGCGUGCGACUCUUGUAUUCCAUCAUCUGCAACGUCAGCAGACUGUCCCUUCGAUCAAGGAGAUUUCAUCAGUGGAGCACAUAUUUGAGUGGGAUGGCGUACUCAGGACUUCUACAAGGGACAUCAUGGGCUACUGCGACAUCGGAACGCCCUUCUUGAGGCUAUUGGAGGCUGUGUCUGAAUCUCAGACCUCCACCAAAGCCUCACACAUCCAACAACAAACCCUCUCUCAGAUACUCUCGCUCUACAACUCCAGCCGCUACAUCCUCUGGCACGAUCGUCGCUCAACGAAAGAUGUUCCUCGUUUCAACAUCAUCCUCAAAAAAGGUGCUGAGCCAAAGGAUUUGCUGAUCGCGUGGUGGCAGGCGUUGUUCCACGCUCAGGACGAUUCUGCGGCCGGUCAGGACGGUUUUGAGGAGAAGCUCGCAGCGCUUGAGAGGUCUUUGAGUCGGGCAAAGGAGUUCUUUGAGCGAUACGAGAAGUCGUUGAGGGAGAAGGGGUGGGAUGUGGACAAUGGUGCUCUGGAGACGGCUUCCAGUACGAGAGUUGUGUUUGGGGAGAGUUGAGAUGCUGGACGGCAUCAAUGUGUCAGGUCUCCCCUUGUGUGAAUCCGCAAAGGGAGCUCGGCCGAUGGCUUGGUCAGCACUCGAGGGAACUCUCUCAUCUGACACG